CAAAGCGCUCCGGGUAGCCGGAACUGAAGUGUGAGAGUGUGUGUAGCAGACCGGAUGAAGUAGAAGGCGGCGCACUGCUCAGCGCGGGAGAGGAGAGAGGAAGUUGGGGAGACGGAGAAAGGGCUGUUGGACCCUCUUAUGCAAAAUAUGAAACGUUAAGACUCGGACAAUGUUAUUACCGUCUGAUGUGGCCCGGCUGGUGCUGGGCUAUCUGCAGCAAGAGAAACUGUCUUCUACAUGCCGAUCAUUUAUAUUGGAGAGUCCUAACCUAAGGGAAUAUGCUGAACAUUAUACAGAUGAAGGGUCUAUUCCAGGCUGCGUGUUGUCUCUGUUUGGGAAAAACUUGACAACGAUUUUAAAUGAAUACAUUGCCAUGAAAGCAAAAGAGAAUAAAGAGGAGAUCCCUGUCAUGGUUUCAGCUCUAUGGAAGAAGCUAGACCAUACUCUUUCUCAAAUAAGGAGCAUGCAGAACUGCCUGGUAUUACCCACCAGUCAAAAAGUCCGCACAAGAUAUGGAAUACAGGACUUGAGACACCAAAGAAUGUUAACGUCACACGCAGCUUCUACAGGUUCAGCAGUAGCACUCCAGCAAACAUCUACUCCCAUAGCAGCAAAGCAAGUCAUGUUGAGAUCGUUUACAUCCCAAAGUGCCUCUCAAACCAUAGUCAGCCCUUUGUGCAGUGGUCAGUCUACUAUUCAAUGCACCAACUCUCCUGCUACUGAAAGCAAAGGAGAAACUUUACAGAAUUCUGCUUUGUCCGAUGCAGAGAAGAAACAGACUUCCUCACCCAUGAGGCGCAAAACUGACUGUCAAAGGAGAAGACGUGCAGCUCCUCUGAACUCCAGCUCAGCUACUCAUGAAGGAGAAACAGAAGGGAAUGUUGACUCGCUCCAAGAUCUUAUUGAUGGCAACUUCCCUCAACUGGUAAUAGAAAAUGCCCGGGAGAAGAUUCUAAGUAACAAAUCUCUGCAAGAGAAGCUGGCGGAAAAUAUCAACAAGUUUCUAGGAAGUGACACAGCUACCCAGGCCUCCAAGCUGUCUGAGGGAGGGGCUCUUGAACAAUAUACUUCCAUUGAUGAAAUUCUCGGACUUCAGGGAGGGGAGAUACAUAUGUCAGAGGAAGCUAUUCAUGAUAUCCUAGAGCAAACUGAACUGGACCCGGAUUUCCAGGAAUUAUAUGACCUCUUUGCAUGUAGUUCGACAAAGCCAACAAAACUUGCAUCUCGUGAUCCUUCCUUACAAACUGAAGGGGUUGCCACCAGUAGUAUUCGAGUUGCUAAUGAUAACCUGGAACCCAUGGAGAGCUCUUUUGAUGCAAGCGAUACAUCACACUCCAGCAACCACUCUGAAGUGGCUGCAGAGCAGAAGAAAGAUGGCCGUUCCCAGCUUGUAGUUCCCAGCCCCACACCAAAAGUUACAGAAAGCACUGGGUUGCCAUCAAAAGUACAAGAAAUGCCAAUAUCUGCCAGUGAAAGACAGUCCAUGUCAGAUCGGAGUGUAGAGUCAAAGAAGAGCAUUGAUUCCAUCAUCAUUCUGGACAAUACAGGAAGUGACACAGUAAUAGAAUCCAAUGAGGAAGUACAAGUAACAUCUAUGGAAGUCGGAAUAUCACAGUCACAAGAUGUUGACAUGAACGUUUUGCAUACAGAAGUGAUCGGAGCCGACUGUCAGUUGGCUGUGGAACAAGGUUCGUUAAACAUGUUGACUAUCGAUUUAACAGUUCCGAAUUCAAAGGAAGAGACUCCAAAAACGCGAACGUAUGAAAAGGCAAGUGAAGCUAAAAAAUCUUCACCUUUAAAAGAUGAAGUCCAAGCUUUAGGCAGUAGGCGGUUGGAGAGGAAUAAAAGUGAAGGCGCUGAGGAACCAUGCACAACAGAGUCUCAGAAUAUCGUUGUACUGGUUUCUAUUGGAAGCACUGUUACUGAGUCUAAUCUUCUAAACCAGCGAGGGGACUUGCCUGCAACACCGAGGAAAACAGACACUCCUACUGAUAAUACAGUGAGUGAACAGAUGCAGGCAGAAAGCUCUAUCACAUCGAAGGAACUAAAAGUAGUCCAGAAACAGGCAAGCAAGACACCACCUCAUCCCAUGGUACCACCUAUAAGUCCAUCCAUAAAGGGUUCCUCAUCUGAUUCUGAUGGGAGCAGUCUUCCUUUAGAAGUCUCAAGCUCGGUGGGGGUCUCAACACCAGUCAAUACCAGCAAUGUAGAACAGAACUGUAGUGACGUUUCAUCUGUAGAUCCAUCCCAAAUAAUUACUCUCAGCUUUAUCACCGAGGAUAUUGCCGAGGAUGCCGAGCUAACAAAGGCAGUUAAAAGUAUUAGCGAGAGGAGUAACUCUGCUUUACUGUUGUCUCCUUUCCAUAAACCGCAGGAAAGCGGUAGCAUUGUUUCUAUCCCAGGCCCCACUUCUGAGACUUUGACCCUUUUAGCGGAUCCAAGAGAAGUAGUGAAUGUGUCCGGCGAUGUUGCUACUGGAGUGAAACCAGCUGAAGACUGUACCAUCAUUUCUUUGCCUGGGGCUUCUAAUCUCUCCACUGACGGGGGAAUCAUACAGCUAAUGCCUGCCACAAGCUCUAGCUUUGCACCAUCCGGAAGCUUUUUUAUCAGCACGUGUAACACUGGUGGUGCACAGCAGUCCAACAUCAUGGUGGUACCCAGUAAUUGUGCUCCUGCGUCUACCCAAAAGCAGCCAUGCCAUUUCCAAACUCCACCCAGGCCACACAGCGUUUAUACUGUUGGACAGGCCAUUUCACCGAAACUUUCACAAGGUUCUACUUUUAUCCUGGCCUCUGCUGUCCAGCCUGUGCUGCCUGGUGUGAUGGGCAUGUUCCCUGUCUCUGUUGUCGGGCAGAGCAGUAAUACAUUCACAACACCUUCCCAUCAGGUUUUGCAUGUUCCAGUUUCACAAGGAGUUCCCAAGCUGCCUCUCCCGCCGAAGUCUCAGAAACCUGUACCACCAAGAACUCUGGCAAGCGCAGCAGAGAAGCAGGGAACAGCCGCAACCACAGAUUCUGGGAACCGAAAAUCAAGCUCUCGCAUGCAAAGGUCUGAAAAUGUUGAUAAAAACCUUGCUGCCAUGUCACAGAACAAGCCAGAAGAGAGACAGACGAGCACCACAAAUCCAAGCACUAAAGGAACUGAAAAUCAUAAGAGAGUGUUGUGCUUUGAGAAUACUGCCGCUAACAGGGGUACACCGAAUACCAAGUCACUAUGUAACAGCGCAGCGCCCCAAAAUAAAGAUAAGGUGGAAACCAUGAACACAUCCAGCAGUUCUUUGCCUGCCAAACAGAAUAACAAGGACAGUGGGAAAGCAGACAAAACAGCUCCAAGCACAGAGGCAAACUCCAAGUGUGAGAGUGUUCCCUCCAAGCAGCCAGUUGUACCAGCUACAAAGGAUCUGUCAGGAGACAAGAAGCCUGUGGCUGUAGCGUCUUCUCCAGAUGUUCUUGGUGGGGUCAUGGCCAACAAGGAGAAUAUGUUACAGAAGGAGAAUAAAAAGCAAGAGCUACCUGAAGUCAGCAAGAAAUCUUCCACUGCCGACGGUGCAGCUGGAAAUUUAGAGCGAACUGUGCAAGCGGUGCAUGAAACUGGUAGGAAACACGCAACUCUGCCGAGCAUUCUAAGGAGGACAAAAUUAUCCACAGAAAGAAUGUGCCCCCCGAGUCCUCUGACUAAGCAGGCCAGUGACCUACUACAGAGCAUGCAGUUUAACAGUCCAAAUGCAAAACAUUUCAGUGGUGGGGACUUGCCAAUCCCACGUACCCCAGGCUCAGGGAUUGAUGACCGAUUGGUGGACAGCCACCAAGACCACAUGAAAACCCCCAAAUCUAAACGCUAUCCCGAAGAUGGAGGAACUCCCAAGCCCAUGCUUCCUCCUGCCACCCCGGAGUUACCAGCUUGUAGUCCCGCCAGUGAAACUGGCAGUGAGAACAGUGUCAACAUGGCUGCCCACACCCUGAUGAUACUGUCACGUGCCACCCUUGCAAAGACUGACGGCAGCUCUCCGCUAAAGGACAACACUCAGCAAAUAAAAUUGUCAAAAAACUCUUCGAAGAAGCGAAAGCUCGAUGAGCCAGAUGAGUACGGGAGGCGACCGCAUAAGAAAGAGUUGAUGAGCCCCUCCGCCAUUCUGAAAAGGAAGAAAAUGAAGAAACAUCGGAAGAAAUCCACAGAUGAUUUCCCUGCUGGGAUGGAUGUGGACAAGUUCUUAAUGUCGCUGCAUUAUGAUGAAUAAACCCAAGUAUUUAGAGAUGUAUAAUCUAUAUAUUUGUACGUUUCUGUAAAUAGACUCGCAAUGUGAAGGAUUCUUCAUGUUUUGUAAUAUUUUAGGCACUUAAUUUCUGACCAAAAGCAGGGUUGAUCUGUAGAUAUUAAUAUUUCUGUACAUGAAGGGGAGGGUGCAAGUUGAAGAAAAUAAGGGUUGAUUUAUUAUUAUUAUUAUUUUUUUUUUAAACAGCUUUAUUGUCGGUUAUUCUCAAAUCCAGUUAUUGUGGCGUGGAAAUCCUUUUGUUUCCUAAAAUGUCACUAGGGCCUUUUUGGUUUCCUCGUGCAGUUACACCCUUUCAUUAACAUCAUUGCAUUAAAAAAGAAAAAGUUCUACAAAA